GUCCUGCCGGGGCCAGGAGGGCUGCGGCAUUCCCGGGAAUUAUCAGCAGGAAUAUUAGCAGCCGGGGUUUUGUAAUUGUUCUUGCCAAACAUUAAUGAACGGCCUCAUUGCUAUUAACGAGCCCGAUUAGACCAGAUGUUGAAAGCCUUUAUUAAAUAUUAGCUCAGCUUUUACCUGGGCCAAAUUCCCCUUGGAAUUUUCGAAGACUGAAGGAAACUUCGUGCCAGACUACCAGACUCUGGCUCAUUCCUGCUCAUCCCAGCUGCACUUCCCAAACUCCCCUGAAUUUUGCCCCGCCUGGAGCAGCAGCCCCGCUGGCACGAGCAUUUCCCUGCUGGGUGUCACCCAAUGUUUAUGGGAUGAGCUGCCCCAGCCUUGCCCCGUUCUGCCCCUUCACCUCUCCUAUCUGCCGGGCUCACCUCCUCCCCUCUGCCCCGCCACUCCUCCUCCUCCUCCUCCUCGCUGCCUGUUUGCCCCGAGGAGCCGGGGGAAGCGAGCCAGCCGCCUUCUCACGCAAACCUGGCCAAUCGUUAACCUGAGCCUGGCUCUGCCCCUGGCCCGGAGGAUCCUGCUGCCACCACCGCUCCCGGGGCAGAGGACCUGCUGGAUCAUUCCCCAGGGAUGGAUGGGGAAUGUCACCAACGUGUCCCCUCACUCACAGCCUGCAGCUCUCAGAGUGGCCAUGGAGGUGACAGCCCUCUCUGGCUGCUGGGAACAGCCUGGCCAGCCCAGAAAAGCUUUUUUGGGGAAAUGCUGGCACCCACAUUCCACAGGCAAGCAAUGCUGACAACAUGUUCUACAUCCUCUGCAAGGCAGGGCUUAGGGACCCCCUUCUGCCUCCCCACAGCAGGCUCCAGGGCCUGGCCUGGGAGAAGAAGUCACCCUUCAUGCCCUAGAGCUUGCUGGAGGGGAGAAAGGCUCUUCCCUGGCUUCUUGGGCAGGCUCCAGGCAGGGUCAGGCCCGUUUGUUAAUGGGUAGCUACUGCCAAGGGCUUUUGUCACGGGAGGAGGGAGAUAAAUACCCAGUGGUGCAGUGAGGGCAGACAUUAGACAGCUGUGGACUCCCUGGUGGCACCAGGAGAAGGACCAGGCAGAGGAGAACGAGGUGACAGGAGAAGAAGGUUGAGAAGAGAGAGGAGGAUUCUCCCCUGCUGCUGGUGCCAAUCCCUGCUGGGAGCCUUGGGCAGUAAAACCAACCAGGGCUGUCCGUGAGGAGUCGGCGGUGACCCCGAGCUCUGCUGCCAUGUGGCCGCUGGGGAGCCCCGUGGCGGUGUCGGCCAGCGAGGCGCUGCUGGCGGCCGCCACGUUUUGCGCGGUGCUGCUGCUGGUGCAGCGGCUGCGGGCGGCCGUGCCCGCGGGGCUGCGGCGGCCGCCGGGCCCGCGGGGCAUUCCCGUGCUGGGCAACGUGCUGGAGCUGCGCACGGACGCGCACCUGGCGCUGACGCGGCUGAGCCGGCGCUACGGGGACGUGAUGGAGGUGCGCAUCGGGACACGGCCCGUGCUGGUGCUCAGCGGGCUGGACACCAUCCGCCAAGCGCUGGUCAAGCAAGGAGAGGACUUCAUGGGGCGACCCGACCUCUACAGCUUUCGCUUCGUCGCGGAUGGGCAGAGCCUGACGUUCAGUUCCGACUCCGGGGAGGUGUGGAAAGCGCGCAGGAGGCUGGCCCAGAGCGCCCUGAAGAGCUUCUCCAUCGCGCCCAGCCCCACGUCGUCCUGCAGCUGCCUGCUGGAGGAGCACGUCUCCAAGGAGGCCGAGUACCUGGUCACCAAGUUCCUGCAGGUCAUGGAGGAGCACAAGAGGUUUGAGCCCUACCGGUACGUGGUGGUGUCGGUGGCCAACGUCAUCUGUGCCAUGUGCUUUGGCAAGCGCUACGAGCACGAGGACCAGGAGCUGCUCGGGCUGGUGAAUUCCACGGAGAAGUUCACUGCUGUCACUGCUGCUGGCAACCCUGCCGACUUCAUCCCCCUGCUCCGCUACCUGCCCAGCCGCAGCAUGAAGCUCUUCAUCGACUUCAACAGGUACCUCCUCAGCUUCCUGCAGAAGAGGGUCAAGGAGCACUACGAGAGCUACGAUGAGAACAACAUCCGGGACAUCACGGACUCCCUCAUUGAGCAGUGCCUGGACAAAAAACUGGGAACCAACACAGCCACGCAGAUCCCCAAGGAGAAGAUCGUCAACCUCGUGAACGACCUCUUUGGAGCAGGCUUCGACACCGUAACCACAGCCCUGUCCUGGAGCCUCAUGUACCUUGUGACGAACCCCGACAUCCAGAAGAAGAUCCACGAGGAGCUGGACCGCACCAUCGGGCGCGAGCGGCGGCCGCGCCUCUCGGACCGGGGCACGCUGCCCUACACGGAGGCCUUCAUCCUGGAGAUGUUCAGGCAUUCCUCCUUCCUGCCCUUCGCCAUCCCUCACAGCACCACCAAGGACACGGUGUUGAACGGCUACUUCAUCCCGAAGGAUCGCUGCGUGUUCGUCAACCAGUGGCAGGUGAACCACGACGAGAAGCUUUGGAAGGACCCAGAGACCUUCAACCCCGAGCGUUUCCUCAGCGCUGAUGGGACCAAGGUGAACAAAGAGGACGGGGAGAAGGUGCUGGCGUUUGGCCUGGGGAAGAGGAGGUGCAUCGGGGAGAACAUUGCCCGCUGGCAGGUGUUCCUCUUCCUGACCACGCUGCUGCAGCAGCUGGAGUUCAGCGUCUGCGAGGACGGCAGCGUGGACAUGACCCCGCUCUACGGGCUGUCUCUGAAGCACAAGAGGUGUGAGCACUUCCAGGCCAGGCAGCGCUUCCCCACCAAGGGCAGGAGCUGAGCGGUGGGCACAGACAUCUCCAGGGUGUCCUGCCAGCAGAGCUGAGUCUGGAACAACUGUGUAGGCUGAUGGGAUAAACUGAAACCUUUGGUACUUUUGCUUUAUCUGCUUUGUUUUGUAGCAAUUGUUGCCUGUUUUGUUUCCUGGUCUUUCUAACAUUAGAUAUUCCAUUAAAUGUUGGAUAUUCCACCAAA